AUGGUGAACCCGCGCUCAACACCACGACGCACUGAGUUCCCCCGUCAGCUACUGGUGGGCUCUGUGCUUGAGGCUAGUGGGUCUGAACUAGCUCUCAGUAACUUAAACGCUUUGCGUCUUAAUGCUUUUAAACUCGCUCCUACGCCAGAUAGGGCGGCGGAGCUGCAUCGCAUGUGUGUUCCUUUCCUCCAUGCGAUCAAGCGCAAGCACCCAACCGAGGUGCUCAAUGAGCUUGCGAAAUACGACCAGCCACAGUUGUGA